GAUCUGGCACAGGAGCUGGUGAGCAGCGCUGACCUCACGGCCUGUCUCUGAAGAUGAACGUUUGCGUGCGAUGCUGUCAGACAAGCUUAUGGUGAUGGAGCCCCCUGCCCCUGCGUCUGACGUCACGUUAGGAGAGCUUUUGGGAAACCCGGAAGGGCAGAGCCUGGCAGGUUCCCCCUCUCAGGAAGAGGAAUUCAAGCAGGUGACAGUGACGCAUUGGAAGAUCCAGACGGGGGGUCCGGCCUCAGCGUGUGGGGAGUCAGGGCGGGGCCCUCUGCUGAACCCCGACCUGCUGCUACUCCCACCAGAGCUCGUGGGCGGGGGCGCCCAUCCUUGCGAUGUCUGUGGCGAAAGCUUCACGUUUGGCUCGGACCUUGUUAGGCAUCAGACUUCUCACACUGGGGAGAAGCCUCACACGUGCGAUCAGUGUGGGAAAGGCUUUGGGCAGCGUGCACUCCUGACAGAGCACCAGAGGCUCCACGCCGGGAAGAGACCUUGCGUGUGUCACCUGUGUGGGGACCGCUUCGCUCACUACGCAGACCUCACCGAGCACCAGCGAGCACACGCCGGGGAAAAGCCCUUCAAGUGUGCACAGUGUGGGAAAGCCUUCGGGCACAGCUCGGACCUGAUCCGCCACCAGCGUGUUCACACCAGGGAAAGACCGUUUGAGUGCAAGGAGUGUGGGAAAGGCUUCAGUCAGAGCUCGCUGCUUAUUCGCCAUCAGAGGAUUCACACCGGGGAGAGGCCCUACGAGUGCAACGAAUGCGGGAAGUCCUUCAUCCGCAGCUCCAGCCUCAUCCGGCAUUACCAGAUCCACACGGAGGUGAAGCAGUACGAGUGCAAGGAGUGCGGCAAGGCCUUCCGCCACCGCUCGGACCUCAUCGAGCACCAGCGGAUCCACACUGGGGAGAGGCCCUUUGAGUGCAACGAGUGUGGGAAAGCCUUCAUCCGGAGCUCCAAGCUUAUCCAGCACCAGAGAAUUCAUACGGGGGAAAGGCCUUACGUCUGCAACGAGUGUGGGAAGCGCUUCAGCCAGACGUCGAACUUCACCCAGCACCAGAGGAUUCACACUGGAGAGAAACUCUACGAGUGCAGCGAAUGUGGCAAAGCCUUCUUCCUGAGCUCCUACCUUAUCCGACACCAGAAGAUCCACACUGGAGAGCGGGUGUACGAGUGCAAAGAGUGUGGGAAGGCUUUUCUCCAGAAAGCCCACCUCACCGAGCACCAGAAGAUCCACACCGGGGACAGGCCCUUCGAGUGCAAGGACUGCGGGAAGGCGUUCAUCCAGAGCUCCAAGCUGCUGCUGCACCAGAUCAUCCACACCGGAGAGAAGCCCUACGUGUGCAGCUACUGCGGGAAGGGCUUCAUCCAGAGGUCGAACUUCCUGCAGCACCAGAAGGUCCACACCGAGGAGAAGCUCUACGAAUGCCGUCAGUUUGAGAAGGACUUGAACUCACCGCCAGGCUUCCAGCACAGUCCUGAUGCCCAGCAGGAGGGCCUUCCCGUGAGCACGGCCCCGCUGUGUUUGGGGGAGCGGCCCGUGGGCCAGGAGGACCCCCCAGGUGACCUGUGACACUGUCACUGUCCUGUGCAGUGAGAAUGCUUGCGAGUCCGUGCAGCUGGGGUCCCUGUGGCUUCUGAGAUUUGGAUGUGCAAAGCGUCCCAGAUCCCCGCCGGGCUGCUCUUGGAGUGGGCAUUCAGUGUGCGGCACCUGGGACCCGGGUCCUCCCCUCCUCGGCCCCACACACCCUCAGGAGAGGCAGUGGGGGCAGGGGCGGGAAGGUCUGGAGGGAAGGUUUCUGUGUCUGUUCACCCUCCGUCCCAGAGCUAUGCAUCUUCUUAAAGGAGUGCUGCCUGCAAGACUGCGCCCUGGGAGGUCGGGUCGGAGAAGGAUUCUCUCGUGUGUGGAACAGUGGUUGGGUCCUGUUACCCUUGGACUCAGCUCCAGGCCCCGGACCUGCUCCUGACAUGUUCAGCUGAUUGUCCAUCAGAUUCCCCCGUGCUCCGCGCUGUUCCCUGCGCCCACCUGGGUCCUCCCGCUCACUGCUCAGGUUCGUCUCGGGCGCCACGUGUGGCACUGUGUUCUCAGGCCUGGCCCGGCAGCCGGCUUCUGUGCUAAUGCUUGCUCGCCUCGUCGCUCGCUCGGCGUGCUUUGCUGCCAGAACUGUGUGUGCUGUCUCGUAUCUGCGGUUCCUUGGGGACAGUGAGCACAUUCAAUCGCUUCUGUGUCCCCAGCGUCUAGCACAUGGCAAAGUCCCCCCAAAAACAAGAAACCGCGAACCCGCGUGUCACUGGCGUUUCUCCCUCUUUGUCCUUUCUGUCUGCUGUGCUUCGUGUUGGCCGAUUCUGCCGACUGCUCCUCCCCAGCUCAGAAGCUCGGCGCUUGCUGGGCCUGCUGGCUCUGCGGGUGCUUCCCUUCGCGUGCCCAGACCUGGGGCUGGGCGCAGUGACCUGCGUGGCCUGUGGCGUUCUCACCACCAAGGGGCAUGCAGUCCCACGCCCUGGGUAACGUCUUUCCCAGUGUUUCCAGCCCUGUCCCGGCUCCCGGCUCCGGGUGACAUUCGCUUGAACAUGUGUUGGUGUCUGUAAAGAGAGGUUCCAAGCAGCGGGGAAACUGACCAGUAAGACGCUGUUGAUCUCAGGUCCCUCAGAGUGAAGCAGGGAGCACAGAAAGACCUGGGCCGGGGAGUUAGCUUUUUAAAUCCGAGUAUGUUCCUAGGUGAGGGGUCACCAAGCUGAGGUGGCUUCCUGAGAGGCCAGGGGACCCCUGGAGAAGAGAGAGCCCUCGGAGAGGAGAUCUGCACCAACAGUGGCCUGGCCCCGUGGUCAGAGCAGGCGGGUUAACACAGUGGGGAACCAGCUAGCAAACUGUGAGUCUUUGCCUCUGAAUUUGUGUCUGAAUUUCAGCCAAAACAUCCAGUUUGGAAAUUAUAGAAAUCGAUUUUUUGCCCAGGAGCACGUAUCCUGGUCUUAAUAAAUUCCCACAACUCUAGAAACCUGGAGGGGCAGAUAACUGAGCACACACAGAACACCAUUUCUUGGAAACUGCUGGAGGUACUGCAUGUGGUGAGGGAUCAACAAACAUAUUUCACGUGGUCAGUUUGGAGAAAUUGCCACAGCCUUACAACUGCCACACAGUCAAGGAAAUAGUGCUCUGACAUCAAGGUGGUCCCUCUGCCGUCUCCUGGUCAGUGUCACUUUCGCCGCGUUAACCACUUCCAUCGGUCCUAGCUUUGGUUCUAGCAGCUCCUGACGCGGUCAGGUAGGGCGUCCUCUGUCUCCUGACGCACUUUGUCAUGUGUUUAGAAUCAGCCGGGCUUGGUGACUCAGUAGUUCUCCUUGCUGAGUAGUGUGCAUCUUAUGGAUCAGCUGUCCUUUGUUCGUCCUCCCAUGUGGAAAUUUGGGUUUCUAGUUUGGGCUCUAAGAAUAAAACAGCUGUAAGCAUUGUGUAAGGGGA